GUGCUACAUAUGUUGGAUGUAAUGAGUGUUACAUGUCAAAUAAUCGAAGGGGUAUUUUGUACUUGUAGCAUAGUAUGAGGGUUGCUAAUGUAAGUCGAAAUAUAAACGUUCAUUCACUUGAACAAUGGGAAGAAGAGAAUGAACUAUCGAUGAUGAAUUGAGAAACUUCUCCUCUUUUGUGUUCGUAACAAUGAGUAAUGAUCCAAACGAUAAAACUGGUACAAGGUGUUUGACAAAAUACCUGAAAGAAAUUUUGAAGUCGGAUCUGAAUGUUCUGAAGAGUAUUCAAACGAAAUGAAAAGUUCAAUGGAUAAUGAUGCUAUAGGAACAAAAAAUGAAACUGUUGAUUUUGAAAUGAGAUGUUAAUGGUUGAUUUUGAAGGUUUGUUUUCAUGAUAUGUUCGAUGUAAUGAGUAAAUGAAAAGGUUAGGCAGCUAAGACCCUUUCGUUCGCAGGUCGUGUGACGCUGGCCAAAUCAGUCUUAGGCAGCAUCUCUUCCUACUUUCUUGGGAUUUUUAAGGCUCCAAAAGCGGUCCUUAAAACUCUUGAGGGAAUUAGGAGGAAGUUUGUCUGGGGCCCGGCCAAGUGGGAUCCAGGAAUAAAAUUUGUUGGGUUCGGUGGAAUAAGAUGUUGCGGGCAAAGGGACAAGGUGGGCUUGGGAUAGGCGGGUUGGAGUCUUUUAAUUUGGCUAUGGUGGCCAAACGGUGGUGGCGCAUUAGGGAUGAACCGUAUCAGCUGUGGGCUCGAGUUAUCGCAGCUAUACACGGGCCAGUUAAAGGGAAUUUAAUGGUCCCUUUGAAUAAAAACAUUUCGGGUUGGUGGAAGGACAUUACGGGUGUCGAUGGGAACCUAGAGAAGAUGGGUAUUAGCAUCAAUGACCAAUUCGGAGUGAAAAUGGAUAACGGAAUGAAGACGAGUAUGUGGUUUGAUAACUGGAUUGGGUGCGGUCCGUUAAAAAUGUUAUUUCCUAACGUUUUUAAACUUGCAUCAGACAAAACUGCAUUGGUUUCUUCCUGUUUCGAUGUAACAGGCGGUACCUGUCAAUGGCGUUGGGCUUGGGUUAAACACCCAAACUCCAAUGCAGAGUGGGCCGAACUCGGAAACCUUAUGAGUUUGCUUCAACAGCAGCAGUUUUCGGGCGAAGAAGAUCAUUGGGUUUGGGCGAACAAAGCCGGAGAGCAGUUUUCAACAAAGAGUAUUCGGGCUGAGAUCGAUGUUAAAGCUUCAGUUUUCACGGAUGGAGGCAAGUUUCACUGGAAUGCUUGGGCCCCGCUAAAGGUCAAUUAUCAUGCAUGGAGGGCGGAGUCGGGUAAGGUGGCAACUAAGGUAGACUUAGCAAACAAAGGCGUUCACUUGACUGAGCUAAAAUGCAGCAGAUGCUAUCUCCGUGACGAAACGACCGAUCACAUUUUUGCAGAUUGCCUAUGGGCAAAAAGUGUGUGGUGGAAUAUUUGUCGCUGGAUGAAGAUUCCGGUUCUAAGCGACGGGCUAUCAGCUGCACAGAUUCUGACGCAUGUUCAGUCUCAGGUCGGUUCCAAGAGAUGGAAACGGGUCUUCAUCUCGUCACUCUGGGCAGCCUUUGGCGGUUGUGGUUUAAAUCCAUUUUUUUGCAAGGUUUCUAAAUCUGUUAAAUGCAAUUGUUUUUAAUAUAUUCCAUUGAGCAUCAA